AUGAUGAAUGAAAAGAAUCCUAUAGACAUGAAAAACCUAAUUAUCACCAAUGGUAUGUUUAUCAUCGAUGACAUCGAACAUAGUAAGUACAAUAUUUACUAUAAGAAUGUUCCAGGAGGUGGUGGAACUUUCGCCAUGUUGGGAGCAUGUAUAGUAUCACCAAGUAACGCGAUCUCCAAAGGCUUGAAAUGGAUAGUAGACAGAGGCUCUGACUUCCCAGAAGAGAUCACAAGGGAGAUAAAAUCUUGGGGAACAGACGCAAGAUUUCGGGACGAUUUUUAUAGAUUAACGACCAAGGGAUUGAACUAUUACGAAGGAGAUAACGAUUUAAGAAAGUUCAAGUUUUUAACACCAAAGAAGCAGAUUGACGUUGGUGACUGGGUAGCUACGUUUGGAAGAGAAACCAUCGAGGAAAUCCAUGCUUUCCACUUAUUGUGUUCUGGGUCUAGGUGUUCAGAGAUUAUUGACGCUUUGCUGCAGGUUAGAAGUGAAAAGAGGAUAAAACCGGUAAUAAUUUGGGAGCCCUUCCCAGAUCUUUGUGAUUUUGACCAUCAAAAUGAUAUCGAAAGUGUGAUGCAAAGAGAGGACGUUAUAGUUAUAUUAUCGCCAAAUGCUGAGGAAUCAAGUCGCUUAUUUGGCUUGCACGGCAAAGAACCAACUAGUCUAGAAGAAUGUCUCACAUUAGCACAUAAUUUCGAUGAAUUCAUGAAUAAAAAAAAUAUGUGCGUUCUAAGAUGCGGCUCCCUCGGAAGUAUCUCGAUAAGUGAGGAGCUCGAUGGUAGGCGGGUCUACGAUCAUUUCCCAGCGUAUCAUUUCAUAAAUCAAUCCAAAGUACUUGAUCCUACUGGUGGAGGAAAUUCAUUCCUUGGAGGGUUUGCGAUUGCUUAUGCUCUAACGAAAAGUCUAGCUACCGCCAGCAUUUGUGGAAACAUUGCGGCAAGCGCAAUCAUUGAACAAAUUGGGAUACCCAGAUACGAUCCUAUUAAUAGAACUUGGAAUGGAGUUACCUUCUUGGAUAGGCUUAAAAUUUACCUUUCACAAUCCGGCUUGCAAUACGAUAUAGAUGAGAUUUACAAAAGUUUAUCACAAUAA